AUGUAUGGACUCUCACAAGAUGUGAACUCUCGAGGGACAGGACUCGACAAUAGCUCGCAAUCGGCAACGAGCCAAACAGACUUCAAUUACUUUGACUUUGCCGACAGCAAUACACAGGAUGACUACACUCUGUCUGCACCAUUCGAACACAACAACAACAAUAACAAUAACAACAACUCAUUAGGUGUUGCAUCCAAUGGCUUCCCCUCACCAAACGACCCAUCACAACGGGUCGUGAAACACUCUGCGCCCAGAAACAACAACAACAACAACAGGAAUCAGAGUGGCAACAACAUAGGUGCUGGUCGUACACAACAACAACAGAUACAACAUGACGAGCAACAUCAUCAUCAUCAUCACAGUCACAAUCACAAUCACAAUCAUACUCACUCACCGACCAACUCUGGCCGCAAUGACUUUGAAUCGCAGGACUUCAUGUCUUCACAGAACGACGCGCUACUACUUGACAACUCACAGCUGAACUUUGAGGACCCCGAGGACAUGGACAGCAUCAAGAUCAAUCUGCCCGACUACGCUUGCGGCUACUGCGGUCUGCACGACCCUUCGACCGUCGUGCGCUGCUCCUGCGGCAAAUGGUUCUGCAAUGGCAAGGGCAAGACCAACUCGUCACACAUCGUCACUCAUCUCGUCAAGACGCGCCACAACGAGAUCUCGCUGCAUGCCGACUCGCAGUUUGGUGAGACUGUGCUCGAGUGCUACAACUGCGGCUGCAAGAACAUCUUUCUGCUGGGCUUCAUCACGGCCAAGAAGGAGCAGUUUGUCGUGCUGCUCUGUCGUGACCCCUGCGCAAUGGGAGGCAGCAAGGAGACGACCAACUGGGACCUGUCCAACUGGCAGCCACUGAUCAACAGCGAGCGUAGCUUCCUCAGCUGGCUGGUCAAGGUGCCCUCAGACGAGGACCAGCAGCGUGUGCGCCAGAUCACCACCAAGCAGAUCCUCAAGCUCGAGGAGGACUGGAAGACCAACCCCAACGCGGUGGUCGUCGAGAAGCAUGGCGGUGGCCCAGAGAUGAUGGCCGACGAGAGCGCGCCACUGCCCACUCUGUUGCGUUACGAGGACGCCUAUCAGUACCAAGAGAUCAUCACACCGCUCAUCAGACUGGAGUCGGAGCACGAGAAGGUGCUGCGCGAGGCGCUGUCGCAGGACAAUGUGCAGUUGCGCUGGGAGCAGGGUCUGAGCAAGAAGUGGACAGCCUUCUUCAGCUUCAGUAGAUCGGACUUUGAGUUCAAGGUGAUGCCAGGCGAUGAGCUCAAGCUACAGUACAAGGGCGACCGAGAGUCACCCGACUGGGAAUCAGUGGGCCGUGUCACCAAGAUCAACGACGAGGGUGAGGCAUCGUUCGAGGUGUCUCUCGAGAUCUACAACUCACACAACGCGCCCGUCAAGGCCAGUGGACGCUUCAAGAUCGACAUGGUGUGGAGGUCGACCUCAUUUGACAGAAUGCAAGCGGCACUCAAGGCAUUCGCCGUGUCCAAGGACUCGAUAUCCGAUCACCUCUAUCACGCACUGCUUGGACACGAUCGCGUGAUGCCCAAGACCAACGUGCCCCUGCCCAAGACAUACGCCAUCAAGAAUCUGCCCGCUCUCAACAAGUCACAGAUCGCUGCGGCGCAACAGGUGCUCAAGAGUCCGCUGUCCCUGAUCCAGGGUCCACCUGGCACUGGCAAGACCGUGGUGUCAUCAUUCCUCGUUCAUCACUUUGUCACACAGGUUAUCAAGAAGAAUGAAAAGGUGUUGGUGUGUGCACCAUCCAACGUGGCUAUCGAUCAACUCGCAGGCAAGCUGCAUUCAAUUGGUCUCAAGGUGGUCAGACUCUGCUCCAAGCUCAGGGAGGAGGUGGCCUCGCCCGUCCAGCAUCUCACGCUGCACCAACAGGUCUGGCAGCUGGAUCACAAGCACAAGAACAAUCUCAAGAAGUUCAAGGAGCUCAAGGACGAUCAAGGUGAGCUGAGCGCAAAGGAUGAGAAGAUGUACUGGUCGCUGAAGCGUGCCGCCGAGAUCACAAUCCUCAAGGAGGCCGACGUGAUCUGCACCACGUGUGUUGGUGCCGGCGACCCCCGUCUUGCCAGCUUCAAGUUCCCCUACGUGCUCAUCGAUGAGUCCACGCAGGCCAGCGAGCCCGAGUGUCUUAUCCCAAUGAUGCUCGGCGCACGCCAGGUCGUCCUGGUGGGCGACCACUGCCAGCUCGGUCCAGUGCUGAUGGCCAAGAAGGUCAUCGAGGCAGGUCUGUCCAAGUCCUUGUUUGAGCGUAUGAUCAAUCUCGGAUUCAUCCCAUUCCGUCUCACCACACAGUAUCGUAUGCAUCCUUCGCUCUCUGAGUUCCCCUCAAGCACAUUCUACGAAGGCCAGCUCGUCAAUGAGCUGUCCUACAAGGACCGCGUCUACAAUGAGAUCAAGUUCCCUUGGCCCUCGUCACACGACCCAAUGUUCUUCUACAACUGCACUGGACCAGAAGAGAUCAGCUCUUCGGGUACAUCAUUCAUCAAUCGUACAGAGGCAUCAUUGAUUGAGAAGAUCGUCACCAAGUUCUUGGAGCUCGGUACCAAGCCACAGCAGAUUGGUAUCAUCACGCCCUACGAAGGACAGCGUUCCUACCUCGUCAAUGUCAUGAUCAAGACUGGCAAGCUCAACAUUGAGUUCUACAAAGACAUUGAGGUGGCUAGUGUUGACUCGUUCCAAGGACGUGAGAAGGACUUUAUCAUCCUGUCCUGUGUCCGUUCCAACGAGUACCAAGGUAUUGGUUUCCUCCAGGACCCUCGUCGUCUUAACGUCGCCUUGACCCGUGCACGUUAUGGUCUAAUCAUUUGUGGAAAUGCCAAGGUCCUUUCAAGGGAUCAACUCUGGAACAACUUGAUCUGUCAUAUCAAGGAGAAGAACUUGUUGGUCGAUGGAACAUUGUCCAACUUGAAGCCAAGUUCGGUACAGUUGCAAAAGCCAAGGAAGCUGUAUGGAGAGGGCAAGUUGCCAGUGGCUGGAGCACAGCCUACAGGCUUCAGCUAUCCAGAUCAGCGCGGACCAGUCGAUCCUGCAUUGGCCUCCAGCAUGGUGUAUGGCCAGCGUCCACCAAAGUACUAUGACAACAACAACAACAACAAUCGUUACUCACCUCAGACGUACCGCGGCUUCUCUGGUCUUGGCGGCAACCCAUACACCAUGUCCAGAAUCACCAACUCGAUGGCCACGGUCGACUUGUCGCAACGCAUGGAUGGCUCGCAGUCAGUCAAUGGAUUCAGCCAGCAAUCAGCAUCACAAGAGUCAUCCCAGAGUGGCGGAUACUUUAUGAGUCAAUCAUUCCCAAUGAGCUUGAACGAGAUGUCUCAGGAGUCGGGCAACAUCAACCUCCGCAGCAAGGAGAACAUAUUCUAG